UCCGGAUAUGACGUCAGAAAUGUUUAUUGAGCAAAUCAAAUCAAAUCAUUAGAAAGCAUAUUGGAAUAAGCUAGCUAACGUUAGUUGUCAAAACAUUAAACCUUUCUGAAUAUUUUGAGAAUUGCAAACUCAAAAAAGGUGGAGAUGAGUGCAGAGGCGGCAGACCGUGUGGCUGUGAGCGGCAGCCGGCCGAGCACUCCUCCUCAGACCUCCUGGUUCGAGUUUCUCCUGGAUGAGAUGCUGCUGGAGAACCACCUCCAGAAGUCCCAUCCAGAUCCUAUUCCAGUGCAGCUUGUCAUCCAGUUCCUUGAACAAGCGGCCAAGCCCUCUGUGAAUGAGCAGAACCAAGUCCAGCCUCCUGCAGACAACCGCAGGAACCGCACUCUGAAGCUGUUGGCUCUUAAAGUAGCAGCACACUUGAAGUGGGAUCUAGAUGUAUUGGAGAAAGGCUUGACUAUUCCUGUUUUGAACAUGCUGCUGAAUGAGCUACUGUGUGUGAGUAAGGUUCCACCUGGAGUGAAACAUGUUGACCUGGAUCUGUCCACCUUGCCUCCCACCACUGCCAUGGCUGUCAUCAUCUACAACCGCUGGGCCAUACGAACCAUUGUGUUAAGUAGUUUUCCAGAAAAACAGACAAAACCCGGGCCUCAUCAGAUGAACAUGUUGAAUGUUGUGCAGCAGGAGAAAGAGUUGACUGAAAAUAUCCUGAGCGUGCUGAAAGAGCAGGCAGCGGACUCUAUCAUGGUGUUGGAGGGAUCUCUUGGUCUGAAGAAGGACUUCUACAUCCACACCCUGAGGACUCUGGACCUGCUGGCUGCCGACCCCAGUACUGCUAACGGAGAAACUGAGUCCUCCACAGCAGGCCUUAGGAUCAGUGCUGAUGAGCUGCACUGUCAGGUGCAUUAUGAUUUGGGAGGUAUUUUCUUUCAACAAGGCUGCUCAGACCAACUGGCAUAUGAGAAGGCUAGAGAGCAUUUUCAACAAACACGAGAGUUGCUGUUGAAGUUCGACUUGACGCUUCACGUUCACCUGGAUGAGAAGCGUCUUGCUGGGUACUGGAACGCCUGCAGGGCCCUGACUGGAGCCUUGGACCCCAGUGACACCCAGCUUAACCCCUACGGACAGAUCAACAGCCUCAUCAGAACUCACAACUACCAGGCUCUUGUAGAGGCUUUCAUCAAAGACAAUGUGUCCCUCAGCUUGCCCAACCACCUCAGACAGUCUGUCCUGAGGGAGUUUUUGCACAAAGUCCAGCAAGGGGAGAGGGGCCUGGACGAAGUGUGUCACAAGCUUUGCGUGUGCAACGCUGUUCGAGACGCCCUGCAAGGGGAGGUCCUCAGUGUGCGUUUUCACCAGCUGCUCCACAAGCCAAGGAAACAUGUGGUGGACUUUAUGCUAGAGGUAUGCACAAGGUCAUUAGACAAGGACCGUUCAUCAGAGACGUCCAAGAGGAAGAUGGUUAUUUUUCUAAAAACCCUGUGUGAGAGCUUGGCAGAGCCCCACCUGGUGUUCGUGGUGACCGCCCACAAGCUUUUCACGGAGCUGCUGAAGGAGGAGGAUAGGAAGAUCCUGGUGGAGCAGAUGAGGAAGAGGUCAGCCACGGUCAACCUCUGUGCCAAGCCUCUGCCCUCCUUCUAUGAUAUCCCAGCUGCGGCCAGUGUCAACAUUGGACAGCUGGAGCAGCAGCUCAUCCUCUGCCUGGACGCCCGCCGCAUCCGGCAGAUCCUAAUUGAGCUGCACAGCAUGGCCGAACGACCCUUCUGGCGGGUUAACAACAAGUGGGAAGUUCCUCCAGAUUACAUCAAUGUGAUACUCAACAUCAAAGACAACCUGACCAAGGAUCUGGUGUACAUCCUCAUGGCCAAAGGGCUUCACUGCAUCACUGUAAAGGACUUUGCCCACACGCGGCAGCUCUUCUCAGCCUGUCUGGAGCUGGUGACUGAGUUCUCUCCUAAGCUAAGGCAGGUGAUGCUAAACGAGAUGCUGCUUCUGGAGGUGCGGGCCCAUGAGACUGGGGUUGCUGAGGGUAGCAAUGUCAGACCCCCACCCGACCUGGUCAGCAGGGUGCGAGGCUACCUGGAGAUGAGGAUACAUGAUCUCCCUCUGCGCCAGAUAGUAGGGGAGGAGUGUGUGGCCUUCAUGUUGAACUGGAGGGAGAAUGAAUACCUGACACUGCAGGUUCCCCAGCAGCUGGUCAUGAACAACCCCUACAUCAAGCUAGGUCAGCUCCUGGCCUCCACCUGUAAGGAGCUCCCGGGUCCUAAAGAGAGCCGGCGUACAGCCAAAGAGUUGUGGGAGGUGGUAGUCCAGAUCUGCAGUGUGUCGAACCAGCACAAGAGAAACAGCGACGGACGUGUUAGCCUCAUCAAACAGAGAGAGUCCAGUAUGGGCAUCCUGCAAAGGAGCCGAUUCAUCACAUUCAUCAAGAAGCUUCGGGAACCACUGGUGCUGACCACCCUUAUCUCACUUUUCGUGAGGUUUCAUAGCAUAGUGCGGGAUGAUAUUGUCAAUGAAGUGACAGCAGAAUACCUUGCCAUUUGGCCAUCAACCCUGGCAAACAUGCAGGCUGUGGAUGUGGAGGCGGUGGCUGUGACGGUUAAAGAGCUUGUGACCUACGCCCUUACACUGAACCCCAACAACCAGUCCUGGCUCAUCACACAGGCCGACAUCUACUUUGUGACCAACCAGUACUCUGCAGCGUUGCAUUUCUACCUCCAGGCUGGGGCAGUGUGCUCUGACUUCUUUACCAAGGCUGUGGCUCCUGAUGUCUACACUGACCAGGUCCUAAAGAGAAUGAUCAAGUGUUGUUCGAUGCUGAACUGUCACACACAGGUUGCAGUUCUGUGCCAGUUUCUAAGGGAGGUGGACUACAUGACAGCAUUCAAAGCUCUUCAAGAACAGAACAGUCACGAUGCCAUGGAUUCCUUCUAUGACUACAUCUGGGACGUCACCAUCCUUGAAUAUCUCACACACAUCCACCAUAAAAGGGGUGAGAGCGAGAAGAGACAAAUUGCUAUCAAGGCGAUUGGACAGACUGAGCUGAAUGCCAGUAACCCCGAGGAAGUUCUGCAGCUGGCUGCACAGAAGAGAAAGAAGAAAUUCCUGCAAGCUAUGGCCAAACUGUACUUUUAGAUAAAACCGGGCCACCAAACAUGUGGGAGACUUUUUUUUAAAUAAAUGGUUUAACAAACAGAACCACUUUAAUAAAUUACAUUAGCAUUUCAGAAGUAUUCAAGUUUACAGGUUUUACCUCUGCUCCCAUAUACAAGAAAAUACUCAGUGGGCAGUUUUAGGUACACAACCCCGAGGCAGGCAGGCACAGGCAUUCAGUUAUUGUUCAAUUGAAUAUUAGUGGGCAUGGUAUGAUCUUUGGUUCCAGUAUCUCAGAAACGGCCGCCCCCAUGUGCUUUUCACGCACGACAGUGGCUAGGGUUUACAGAAAACGGUGUGACAAACAAAAAAAUCCAGUUUGUGCCAGUCCUGUCCUCGAUGACAGGUCAAAGGGGGGUUCCGAUUUGGCACUAUAUGGGUGUACCUAAUAAACUGUCCAUUGAGUACAUGUAGUUAAUACCAUACUCUGCAAUUGAUUUAAAGGAAUAGAAUCUUCCAGAAAUACAAUUCAGAAAACUCAUAACUUCACAUUUUAAUGUUCUGGUAUAUUAAUCAGUGUAUUUAAAAAUUAAAAAUUAAAAGUUAAAGAUCAAUUUAAGCACAAGUACCACACCACAGGCCAAUAAACCCAUAAUACGUUGAGGUAACUUGUCCCCAUUACUGAAUCGUAUGACGGUCCUCAUUUCAAACCAUAACAUUAAAAGAAAUAAAAAUUGACCAUAUGAAAUACACUGACUCCUAUGCAAAAAUGUUCAAUUAAACAAGCUGGACAUCCAGCUCAAGACAAAAACAGCCAGGUCUGGACCCCUUGGUGCAAAGCAGACUGGUCAUUCCUUUGGUCCCUAAUAAUCAACCACGAACCAUGUCCUCUAUUUGCCUAUUGGAAUGACAGCCAGCUCUUUGCUGUUAUCUUCCAAGCGUUAGUUUAGAGUUUCAGACCAUUGUUUCUCCAGGCUCAGUCAGGAAUUGGUGCUCCAACUCCCUCCUCCUGGCAUCCUCCUGAAAAGAAAGAUACGAAGUAGUUGGCCCAACCUUAAUCCCAAUUCACCCAUUGAGAAUCCUUCCUUGACAACUGUGUUACUUACAGCAACCACAGUAUGGAAAUUGAAGAAAUUAAGUCAAUGGUGUCUAAGUACUCACCAGCAUGAGUAGGUAUCUUGAGUGUCUGAAUGUUAUGCCUGUCCUCAGAGGCUACUUUGAUAAAGUCCUUCAACUGUGCCCUGUCACACACAGAAACCAUCUCCACAAAGGGAGCCAUCCAGUCAGUAACACAGUCCAGGACAUCCCAAGUCAGACCGGUGAGAGCGAGAGACAACCGUCUCCUCAGUAAUCACAUUGCAAAAAGUCUCAUAUUUCCUCCUCAAAAUCAAAACCAUAGAUAAAUGACUUGUAGUUUCUCACUUGAUACUUUUUCUACCACUUCAUACGGUAGGUAGUGACUAACGCUGCAGAGGCCAGCACCUGAUACUGAUAGUCCAAUGAAUUGAUAAGAGGAUGCACAGAUCUAAGAGCUGAGAACGACAGGUAAAUUGCAAAUAUGUGCACUGUAGGUGUUAGACCAGGUAUUCCCAAAUGGGUACGCCAUAUAAAAAUAACAUUUUCAAACAGGGCUAUUCAUUUGGUUGAGUUUCUCUUGCCUGAGUAGCAUCGUUUCACUGCCCAAAAUAAAAUUAAACCAUGUAGUGUUCAGUGAAAUAACAACCCAAUGUCAAGUACAGGUAGCCUAGUCAAAUAAUUAACAUUCAGUGUUGCCAAUUUAGCAACUUUUCUCACAUUGUCAUUGAUAGUUUUUUUUUAUUGGUCCAUUUAGAUUAUAAAUGUAGAUUGUAUUUUUUUUUAAAUGUAAAAAAUGUUAUGGUCAAAUGUUAAUGUUUUACUGUGACUUGUUGUUGGCUCCUAAGUGGACCAUACGGUUAAAAACCAAACCAAACCAAAUCAAAUAAACUAAGUAACUCCG